AUGGAUAUUGAAGAUCUCGGCCACCUUGCACGCAAACCCAAAGUCACAAACUUCAGGAGAACUCAUAAUUUUACUCCACUAAUAUUGUUGACAUCAUUUUCAUCAUACUUCCUCUCCCGCGUCUUAAUCGUUAAUCCAUCUCUCUACAUUUACCCUCUGGUCCUAGAGCAGUAUAACCCUUGUACUAUCCGUAACCUCAAGCCAGGCUCUAUCAAGGAAUGGUGUACUUGUGGUUUAACAAAAAAAGGCCCAUGGUGUGAUGGGAAAUCACAUAAAGGUACGACAUUCAAGCCCCUUAGAUGGCGUGUGCCUGACGGACCGAAUGCUCAAACUAUGUACAGUAUCUGUGAUUGUCGUUAUACUACACGUCCUCCAUUUUGUGAUGGCAUUCACUAUGAUCUUCCACUUCGCUAUUUGAAAAAGAUUAAAGAAUGUCCUAAGCAACCUCACGAUCCCGCUGUGACAAAGCUUUGUGAGGAAUGUGGCUGGGCUGGACCUCGUGAGAGUUGGCCAGAAUUACCAUCGACAGAUUCGGAUUCAGAUUCGGAAAAUAGCAAUUUAUCUGACGAUGAAGCAAAAACAAGGAGAAUAGCAGCAAAUACUCCCAAGGUUCAGCUACAGGCUCCAGAACACAGCGAGGAGAUGAUGUUUACCAAGGUCGGAUGUAAUGGUUCGUGUCAAACACAGCAGACACAGCAACAACAAUCUGAAGAUCCAGAAAUUAGCACAAUCACUGACGGUGUCAAACAUGUUCAAUUAUCAUAA